AUGGCAUACUACUACGCAAAGGCACACAUGCAACAAGCCAAGAACACUGCAGCAAGUGCAAACAACCAUAUUCGACGUCAAUCACCUUCAGCUUCCCCAUCGAUGGGCGCUCACCGCACUGCUAUGACCCGGGAAAACCUACUUGCUAUGGCAAGAAACGAAUAUGCACGUCAACUAUGCAAGUUCACUGAAGCACAACUUAAGCAAAGAGUGCCAUCUUGCUAUACCAACAGCUCCCUUCGAGCCCAUAUGCCUCCAUCAUUACUCGUUUCUGAUAAGGCUUGUUCACCUUCCUCCACUGUUUCAUAA